ACCCGGGGGCAUUAGUACAGUGAGAGCCACACACGGUGCCAUGAAGAGUCUCCUCUGCGCCAUUCUCUUUGCCUUCCUCGCGGGCACCGAUGCCAAGGUCUUCGCCAAAUGUGACCUGGCCAAGGUGCUGAAAGCCGGGGGCCUGGACGGUUACUAUGGCUACAGCCUGGCUAACUGGAUGUGCCUGUCGUACUACGAGAGCCGCUACACCACCAACGCCAUGUACGACAACGGCUGGAGCCGGGAUUAUGGGGUCUUCCAGAUCAACAGCUACUGGUGGUGCAACGACGGCAAGACCUCCGGAGCGGUGGCAGCCUGUGGCAUCAGCUGUAGCAAUUUAAUGAAUGAUGACAUCACAGAUGACAUCACAUGUGCCAAGAGAGUCGUGCGAGACCCCAAUGGCAUGGGGGCCUGGGUUGCAUGGAAUAAUUACUGCAAGAACAAAGACGUCAGCAGUUUUGUAAGUGGCUGUGUUCUGUGAGGAAGAGCCGACCCCCUGCAACUCCCGGCAACUCCCGGCACCUCCCGGCAACUCCCGGCACCUCCCGGCAACUCCCUGCAACUCCCUGCAACUCCCGGCAACUCCCGGCAACUCCCUGCACCUUUCACUCAGCUUUGCAAUUUGUUAUUUCUUAACAUUUCCACAUAUAAAAGCUGUGAAACCAUU